AUGGUUUUCAUGAGUAUGCAACUAAAAUGGGGUAUAGCGGGUGUGGGUAUGAUCGCCCACGACUUCUUGACUGCUAUGGGGACUCUGUCGGCUGAACAGCACAAGGCCGUUGCCGUGGCCGGUAAAGAUCUAGAUCGUGUCCAUAGAUUGGCCACGCUCCACAAAAUCAACACAGCAUACGAAGGCUACGAGUCGUUAGCGCGUGAUGGCUCUAUAGACAUUGUAUUCGUGAGUGUACUGAAUUUACAACAUUACGAAAUAACCAAACUAAUGUUAGAGAACUGUAAACAUGUGCUAUGCGAGAAGCCUAUGGGCAUGACUUACAAACAGACUAAACAACUAGUGGACCUGGCGCGCGAAAAGAAACUCUUUCUCCUUGAAGGAAUGUGGUCGAGGUUCUUCCCUGCUUACGACGCUUUGAAUGAGCACAUAUCUUCUGGCGGGCUUGGGGAUAUCUAUCACAUCAGCAUACAGUUUGGGGUCGAAAUUAACGACAUUGAGAGGAAUUUAAUGAAGGACUUAGGAGGCGGUGCUGUAUUAGACCUUGGUGUCUAUAUGUUACAAUUAGUGCAGUACUUGUACAAAGAUGCACCAUCAGAUGUAGUAUGUACGGGGCACCUCAGUAAAGCCGGUGUCGAUGAGUCCAUAUCAUGUGCGCUUAAGUACACAGAUGGUAGGACAGCGACAUUGUCGGCACAUACUCGCGCAACAAUGGGCAACAAAGCUGAAAUCAUUGGCACCAAAAAUUGUAUAUCGUUGGAAUACUUUUGGUGUCCCACGGUGUUACACAUAUCGGCGGCCAACAAUACGGAGUGGACCCUACCUAAAGGAAAAUACAAGUUUCAUUUCCACAACAGCGCUGGCCUCAGUUAUGAAAUACAGGAAUGUUGGGACUGCAUCAGCAAAGGUUUGCUAGAAAGUCCAAAAAUGAGUUUAGAUGAAACCAUCCUGCUUUCAAAAUUGACUGAUACAUUGCGAGCACAAAUGGGUGUUCUAGAACUUGAACUAGAGGACUAA